AUGUGCCUGACGGUGGCCCAUAAGUGUGUCUCCAUCCACGCGACGGAGAGAGAAUUGGAUCACUCGAGGGCUCGGGGGUCGUCCGGCCAGGCGGACAGCCCGAUGGUGGACAGGUCCCGCCCCGCCGCUAGUGCCAGCGUCGAGGACAUCGGGACGAUGCGCUCGCUCACUGGUGGUGGCUGGCCUGUCGUCCUUGUUCCUCCUACGUCCGGAGAAGAGGUCCGAUGA